ACGCCGGGCACCGAAGAAAUUCCAACGAUGGUCUAUUACUAUACCAGUAAUGUGGUUGACCCACCCGCCUUUAUAUAUAUGGGCAAGGAUAAGGAAGAAAAUGAUGAGUUGAUAAAGCAUGGAUGGGAGGAAGAUGUAUGUGGUCAUGUAUACCUUCGACUUCGAGAGGGACAACGAUGGGAUGACAUUCCUGAAGUUCUUUUGAAUGAACUGGGUCAAUUGGUCAAAGAGAGCAGUAUAAUUGGUAGAAAGGAAAAGAAUGUUAUGGUUCAAUAUACGCCCUGGUCAAACCUAUUGAAGACCGGGGAGAUGGCGACUGGAGAAGUUAGCUUUCGUAACCACAAAUUGGUUAAGAAAAUGACGGUGAGCAAAAAGGAUAAUGCGAUCAUCAAAAAAUUAGAAAAAACGAAAGUAGAACGUUUUCCGGAUCUUGCUGGCGAGAAAUCUUCUAUGGAGAAAGAAAAGCGGAAGAUAGCAAGGGAUGCACUUAAUGCUAAGAAACAAGAGGAACAACGUCUGGAACAGGAACGAAAAGAACAAGUGACCAAAAAUUCCUAUGAUUCAAUUUUCAAAGAGACGAACAUGCGUAGUAAUUAUCAAAAUUCAGCUGAUGGUGAAGAAAUUGAUUUGGAAGAGGAUUUUAUGUGA